AUGGUCAAGUAUGACCCAACAAUGUUAACGAAUUAUAUUCGAAUGUCAGUGUCCACAUAUGAAAAAUUACUACUGAAAGUUGGAAGUAAAUUGGAAAGCUAUCCUACCAGAAAGGAUAUAAUUACUCCAUCUGAAAAAUUGAUGGUAACUUUAAGGUAUCUUACGACUGGAGAGUCAUACACGUCCUUAUCACGACAGUUUCGUAUGGGGAUAAAAACUAUUCAAGUUUUUAUUCCUCAGACUUUAGCAGCUAUUUGGACAACAUUGCAGCCAGAGGUGCUUCAAUUUCCAAAUUCGCCAGACUCUUGGAAUGAUUUAACAAAUGGGUUCAAGGAAAAAUGGCAAUUUCCAAAUUGUUACGGUGCUAUCGAUGGGAAGCACGUCCUAAUGCAGGGACAACCUGAUACUGGAUCAGAUUAUUUUAAUUAUAAGGCAUUCCACAGCAUUGUUCUUCUUGCGAUGGCAGAUGCUAAUUACAGGUUUUUAAUGGUAGACGUCGGAGGAAAAGGGCGACAGAGUGAUGGUGGCAUAUUAAAACAAUGUCAAUUUUUUAAAGCUGUUAAGGAAAACAAUUUAAAUCUACCCCCACCAAAGUCACUGUAUGAAGGUGGUCCAAGAAUCCCACAUGUGGACAUUGGUGAUGCUGCUUUCGAAAAUAGUUUACAUUGCUUAACACCAUAUAAAGGAGCGAAAAGUGGCAAUCUUUCUAUAGAUCAGAACGUGUACAAUUACAGACUGAGCAGAGCACGACGUGUCAUAGAAAAUGCUUUUGUCAUUUUAGUUGCCAAGUGGAGAAUUUUUAGGACUCCCAUUUUGAUAUAUAUAGAGGUAAUAAAAUUAAUUGUCUUAGCGACAAUUUGUCUACACAACUUUAUUAUCAGAGAAGAAAAAAAAUUGCCAGAGAAUUUGCAAAAAUACUGUUCUGCAAACUCUGCAGGCCAACUUGGAAGUUUGGAAGACACUGCUUUGCAACCUUUGGUCAUUCCUCAAACAAAAACUGACCAACAAAAUCUUGCCAGAACGAUUAAAAAUCACUUUAAAGAAUAUUUUAUAGGUCCAGGAAAAGUUCCGUGGCAAAAUAGAGCCGUUUUUGAAGAUGAUUGA